ACAGGCUCAGUAGGUGGCUCAAAGUGCAGGUUGGGGUGCAGUGACCGAUAGUUUGGGUCCCAAACACACACACCACUAAGAGACUUAGUCGCGAACGCACUCUGGAUUUCCAUCCACUCACUAUAGAAUAGAACUAUAAUAUCUAUAGAAUAGAACUGUAAUAGCUAUAGAAUAGAACUAUAAUAUCUACAGAAUAGGUUGUGAUGAAGGAGCCUGGGUCCGUCCAGGGGUCUGUUGUCAUGACUACAGAAUAUCAUGACGACUUCCAAAAUACAGACACCAGCGACAACCGAGCCUUCUGGACCAAAGAGCCAGAGUCGGGAUUAGGCCAAGCGCACCAAUCAGGCAGAGGGAGAUGGAUGUGGGCGGGGCCUGUUCUGUCUGCUUUCUUCCUAUUGGCUCUGAUCAUCUUUGUCUCCGUCAGCAACAGGAAUACUGACAGCAGGUUCUCGUCAAUAGAAAAGACUGUUGCCAACCUGAGUUCGGCUGUUCAGACUGUCAUCACCACUCUACAACAGAGCAAGGCCUCAGAGGCAGAGUUGCAGAAGGAGAUUGGAAGGCAGAAGUUCACCAUGGAAAUGACAGAACGAAAGCUGGAUUCAGUGUCGGAGUCGGUGAAGGAGUUUGAUCAGUUGGAGUCCCUUCGUUCUGCUGUAGCCGGAUUGAAGUGUUCCUUAGACAGAGUCCUGCACAACGACACAGUUUCAGGGUGCUGUCCACUUGGCUGGGUGUUGUCUGGCUCCUCCUCGUGCUACUUCUUCUCGUCUGACGGGUUACCAUGGAACCAGGCUAGAGACUACUGCUCUAACUACAAUGCCCAGCUGGCUGUACUGAAGACUGAACAGGACUGGGACUUUGUAACAGGCAGUACCAAGCCGCUGUUCUUCUGGAUUGGACUGUCAGAUGAGAGGACAGGAGAAUGGGAGUGGGUGGAUGGAACACCUUAUAUCAUGGACCGCAGCCAGUGGAAGCCGGGCCAGCCUGAUAACUGGAAAGGCCAUGGUCUGGGUGGGACAGAGGACUGUGCUAUGAUACAUGCCAACGGACAGCUGAAUGAUGAUCACUGUUCCCGUAGUUACCGCUACGUCUGUCAGGGACACACACUGACACACACUCACUGAUACACACAUAACUCACACACUGAUACACACAUUGUAACUGACACUGAUACACACACACACACACACACACACACUGAUACACACAGACACACACACACUGAUACACACAACUCACACACACUGAUACACACACACACUGAUACACACAUUGUAACUCACACACUGAUACACACAUUGUAACUCACACACUGAUACACACACACACUGAUACACACAUAACUCACACACUGAUAUACACACACACACACACACACUGAUACACACAUUGUAACUCACACACUGACACACACACACACACCAACAAGCUCUCACAGUCUUACUGUAGAAUUAGACUUGUAUCCACGUUCUCCAAACGUUAAACUUCAAAGUGUUUUUGACACCCUGGGUGCUCAGCAUCGUUCAGUUUCACCAAAUGUCAAAUAAAUUAAGAGUUUGGGAUAGGGUAAAAAAAUACAUAUACUGAACAAAAUUAACGCAACAUGGAAAGUGUUGGUCCAAUCUUUCAUGAGCUGAAAUAAAAAAUCAUAGAAAUGUUCGAUAAGCACAAAAAA